ACUCCUCUCCCGACCAACACGGCAUCCGCAUGGCAGACAACGUGGCGUACACGGUUGAGUACGCCCGUACCGGACGAGCUGGAUGCAAGCUGCGGACCAAGAGCCGCAAAUGCCCUGUGGGCAAGAUCGACAAGGGCGUCCUCCGCAUCGGCCGUGUCAAGCCCUCGUUCAUGAGCGAUGACGACGAUGCAGUCUUCACCGAAUGGUUCCACGUCCCGUGCUGGUUUGACGUCCAGUCACGCAUGCGCGCCACGUCGCGUAAAGUCGAGUCGACCGACGACCUCGACGGCUUCGAGGCGCUCACCGACGCCGACAAGGCUCUCAUUGGCCAGUACAUCGACAAGCGGCGGUCGAUCGACAACGACAUGGCUGCGCUCGCCUCGGCACGCCCACCUCCCCAGCCGGCAGCUGCAGCCAAACGCCCGCUGGCUGAGCCAGUCGCUGCUCCGCCGGCCAAGCGCCAGCGGCCGCUGGCUGACGCCGGCGACCUCGCCGCCGCGGCGCUCGCGGCCGGCAAGCGCAUCUGCCGCUACGGGGCCAGCUGCUACCGGGAAAACCCGGACCAUCUCCGUGACUACUGGCAUCCACCAGGCUCGCGGGCUGAUGGCCUCACGCCGCAGCCGCAGCCUGCAGUCCCGGUUGUCCACGCGCUGCCGCCGCCGCUGCCCGCAUCCGUUCCGGGCUCUGGCAUCGACAUGGCCGCGGCCGCAGGCAUCGAGGCCUCCAUCGCAGCCAAGACUUCAGCGUUUACCGGCACAGCCUCGGCGCCGCUCAUCGAACUCAAGCUCCACGGCAACUACAACGCCGACAUCACCGACCUGCUGGAGGAGCUGGGCAAGAUCGAGAAGAACAAGGGCAACGUCAACAAGCACAAGGCGUACAUGCAAGCUGCUACCUCGCUGCAAAUGCUCCCGCGACGAGUCACCUCAGGCGCCGACGCCAAGAGUCUCGACGGCGUCGGCACUAAGAUCGCCGCCAAGAUUGACGAGAUCCUCGCCACUGGCAAGCUCGGCUCGCUCGAGCGCGCCAAGGCCGACAAGCAGCUAGUGGCUCUCAGCGAGGUGUGCAAGGUCGACGGCAUUGGACCGGUCCUUGCCCGCAAGCUUGUCUACGAGCGAGGCGUGAUGUCGCUUAGUGACCUCGCGCCACACGUGGACUCGUUUACCACCUACCAGCGCGCUGGCCUCAAGUACUUUGACGAGUUCCGCCAGCGCAUCCCGCGCCUUGAAGUUGAGGAGCUUGAGCGCAUUGCUUUUUCUGUCCUCCCGUCCAUCGACAUCCGCCUCCGCGCCACCGUGUGCGGCUCGUACCGCCGCGGCGCAGCCACCUGUGGCGACAUCGACGUCCUCCUUACUCACCCAGACUGGACCUCGUCCCGCAAGGGCCAGCCGCCGUUCCUCGCCGCCUGGGUGGCACAGCUCAAGGCCAUUGGCUUUCUCACCGACGAACUCGGCCUUGGCUCGCACAAGUACACCGGCGUCUGCAUCCUGCCCGAGUCUUCGCCGCUCGCGCCGCCGCGCCUCCACCGCCGCAUCGACAUCCUCUGGGUUCCCUACGACCACUUUUACUUUGGUCUUCUCUACUUUACUGGCUCGGGCUUUUUCAACAUCCAGAUGCGCCGCAUUGCUCUCGACCUUGGCUACACCCUCAACGAGCACGGUAUGAUGCCCAUCGACAAAGAGACCGGUGCUGUAAUCGGCGACUCGGUCAAAGUCAACUCGGAGGAAGACAUCUUCCGCCUCCUCAACAUGGCAUACAAAUCGCCGCCGGAGCGCGACCUCGCCUCGCACUGGAAGCCGACUAUGCCAGGCUCGUAGUCGUAAUCCGCAUCCCGCCCUCGCCACUGCAGACUGUGGCCAAAACACGCACGCUGCCAGCCGCCGCU